AUAAGAACACGUGGAGUGCAGUGGUUACAGAUGGAGCCCUGGUGCAGGGAGGGUACGGCCACAGCAGUGUGUUUGACCCCUCCUCCCGAGCCAUCUACAUCCACGGAGGGUACAAGGCCUUCAGCGCUAACAAGUACGGCCUGUCUGGAGACCUGUACAAGUACGAAGUGGACAGCAGCCGAUGGACGGUUCUAAAGGACAGCGGGUUCUUCCGGUACCUCCACACGGCGGUCAUCGUUAGCGGAACCAUGCUGGUGUUUGGAGGGAACACUCACAACGACACGUCCAUGAGCCACGGAGCCAAGUGCUUCUCCUCGGACUUCAUGGCCUAUGACCUGGCAUGUGAUGAGUGGUCAGUGCUGUCCAGACCAGACCUCCACCACGAUGUCAACCGGUUCGACACACGGGGUCUACAAAGGAACUCUGUGAUGUAUGUGUUUGGGGGGUUCAACAGUCUGUUGUUGAGUGAUGUCCUGAUCUACACGCCAGCCAGCUGCUUCAGCGCCCCCAGCGCUGCCGCCUGUAUAGCGGCCUGGCCGGGGGUUCACUGCGUUUGGAAUGCUAACCUGGGGUCCUGCCUGCCCUGGGACUCGAACCCUGGACCCCUGGACGAGCAGACCACCCUGGCCUCCUGUGGAACCAGAACAUGUAGAAGUGUAUCGCUCUACCAGGUGAGAAACCAGGAGUGUAUCGCUCUACCAGAGAAUAUUUGUGGUGAGAGUUGGCACCUGGUGGGUAACUCGUGUCUGAAGUUCAUCACAGCAAAGGACUCGUACGACAACGCCAAGCUGACCUGUCGGGGUCACAGCGCCGUCCUGGCCUCGUUGACCAAUCAGAAGAAGGUGGACUUCGUCCUUAAAGAGCUGCAGAUCAUGAACGUUCUGGUGAGCAAGUACAAGGCCUUGGUGACACCGUGGGUGGGGCUGAGGAAGAUCAACGUCUCCUAUUGGUGCUGGGAAGACAUGUCACCCUUCACUAACACCUCCCUCCAGUGGUUGCCGGGGGAACCCAGCGAUGCCGGUUUCUGUGGUUACCUAGCCGAGCCGGCUUCCAGCGGCCUUAAGGCCCAGACCUGCAUCAACCCUGUUAACGGGAGUUUGUGUGAACGAGCAGCCAAUCACAGUGCCAAGCAGUGUCGGACGGCCUGCGCCAUGCGGGCUACGUGUGCUGAGUGUACCAGCAGCAGCUCUGAGUGUAUGUGGUGCAGCAACAUGAAGCAGUGUGUGGACUCCAAUGCUUACGUAGCCUCCUUCCCCUUCGGACAGUGUAUGGAGUGGUACACUAUGAACAGCUGUCCACGUAAGACCUCUCUCUAUCUGAGAACUUGUUCUGGGUACAAGGACGAUGUUCGGCCCAUAUCGUGCCAGUGUAACAGUCACAGUCAGUGUAUUAACCACAGUGUAUAUGACUCUCUCCAUCUCUCUCUCUCUCUCUCUCCAGCGUGCCAGUGUAACGGCCACAGUCAGUGUGUGAAUCAGUCAGUAUGUGAGAAGUGUGACGACCUGACAACAGGACUCCACUGUGAGAGCUGCACCUCUGGUUACUAUGGAGACCCCACCAACGGGGGCAGCUGCCAACGUGAGUCACUAGGGAUGAACAUGGGUUAA